AUGACGUCAGGAGGAGGAGUAAACGAUGAUUGGCAGACUCGAAAAUCUCUAGCACAAACCAACCUGUACAUGCUACAAAACAAGGUGGCCUGUGACGUCACGUUCCGCGUUGGCCCAACAAGGGAGAUAAUUGAAGCUCACAAGUUCAUGCUGAUCAGCCGCAGUCACGUGUUUGCCGCCAUAUUUACUGGUCCAAUGGCUGAAAUGGGCCAGGUGGAUAUCCCGGAUGUUCCCGUCAACAUUUUCAAUCUGUUUCUCGGGUUUGUGUACACGGAUGACGUCACAUUGAGCUCUGAUAACGUCAUGCAUCUGCUGUACCUGGCCAAAAAGUACAGCACAGGAAAGCUGGAAGAUGUGUGCCUUGCGUGUGGUAUUGGCGUGGCCUGUGACGUCACGUUCCGCGUUGGCCCAACAAGGGAGAUAAUUGAAGCUCACAAGUCCAUGCUGAUCAGCCGCAGUCACGUGUUUGCCGCUAUGUUUACUGAUCCAAUGGCUGAAAUGGGCCAGGUGGAUAUCCCGGAUGUUGGCGUCAACAUUUUCAAUCUGUUUCUCAGAUUCUUGUACACGGACUACAUCAAAGUAAACUCAGAUAGCGUCAUACAUCUGCUGUAUCUGGCCAAAAAGUACUGCACAGGGAAGCUGGAGGAUAUGUGUCUCGAAUUUCUUAAAACAUCCCUAAACGCCAACAAUGUCUGCACUAUUCUGGAACAAGCCAAAUUCUUUAACGAGGAUGAGCUACAUGACAAGUCUAUGUCGUAUAUCUUGGAAAACGGAAAGUUGACUUUGGAGUCACAUGAUUUUCUUACCUUAUUACAGAAGUCUGUACUGGAUAUUGUGAAGUCUGAUACCUCCAAGCAGACGAGAAAGAAGUAUUCCAGGCUGCCUUGGAACUUAGAACACCACUUGGAGACAUCGUCCAGUAAAUCCGCUUCCCCCUUCUGGACAGGGAGUUCUUUGUCGAGUCGGUUCGCCCGAGCGGCAUGCUGA